CGACUCUUCUUCGAUCACAAUCCAACUUCAACUUACUUCAUAUUUAAACAAGUCAAUGCUUAUUCAUUCUAUAUCGCCUCCCUUCCAACAGCAACAUAUACCAUUUUCAAUACCUCGAUAUGCAGUCUGCUUACCUCACCAAUGUAACAGCACUUCUUCGAGUAGCCGGUUUCAAUCCGUAGAAGCGCGGCCUUUUUCUUUUUCUUACUUUAAUAAAUCCUGUUUCGUUUCUAGGCAUCCCAUCCGACCUCGUGAAUGAGUACACAACCACCCCAAUACCGCCACCAUGAACUGCGAUAUAUGCCAACGGGUACACCACCCAAAACGGUUACCCUUCUUCUGCGCGGUCGAUGCGAGAAACGAGCUAUACGAAGGACGAAUAGCCAACGCGAGGAUCCUCAUGGAAGCUGAGGAACUCGAGUCCCGAGUUACCAAGCUAUUGUCAGAUAGCGAAGUGAACACAGACAACAACCCCACGCCAAACCGUUCCUCUCGGGAAUACAUCGAGAACUGCGCUUCAGAAGAACAAAAGGCCAAGGAAAGGACGGCACAGAUCAUAGCCUCGGCGGAUAGGCUUCGCGACGAGGUAGCUGCAGCUAGGAAGGCGAUCGAAGAGCGCAAGGCCAACAUCGCACAGAAGAAGGCGGACAUAGCUGCCGCGUCACAGGGAGCCACCGCUCGACGGGCUAGGGAAGUUGAAGAAGCAAAGAAAGCCAUCAAGAUGACCAAGUACAGCUGGGAUCGGGAGUACGAUGCUAUGACCCAGUACAGGGCUGCGCUAUGUAUGGAAGUGGCGAAGCUAUAUAGGCUACAGCGAGUUCGACGAGGCAAACCUGUCGGGUUUGAAUACAAAAUCGGUGGUAUUGAUAUUGUCGACUUACACAAUUUGAACAGCGCUCAACCGGAGCUCAUAUCCGCAUCUCUCGCUCACAUCACCCACCUCCUAUGGCUCACAUCUCACUACCUCUCCAUCCGCCUCCCCGCCGAGAUCACCCUCCCACACAACGACUACCCACGACCAACCAUCUUCUCCCUACAAUCCUCCUACCACCACGGAGACGUCGCCUUCCCAGGUACAUCCCUCCUCCCACCCGACCCGCGCGACCGACAAUUCGCCCAUGUCCCACACCCACGCCCCCUCUUCCUCGACAAACCCCUCUCAACCCUCUCCAAAGAAGAUCCAACAGCAUACACCGCCUUCCUCGAAGCCGUAUGCCUCCUCUCCUACGACAUAGUCUGGCUCUGCCGAACGCAAGGAGUCCCCGUCGGGGAUAACAACCUCGAAGAUUUCUCCUGUCUCGGCCGCAACCUCUACAGCCUCCUAAUCAACUCCUCCCUCUUCCGCACACCCCAACAAAUCGCCGCCGACGUACCUCCCUCCCCACAAGCCAACACCAGUAGUCCAAGCCCCAACACGAAUACCUCAGACAACGGCUGGAAAGCCGCACCCCGCAUGGGCCUCUACUCCCACGGGACCUCACACACAUUCCUCGGCAGCGCACCAGGCCAGGACCUAACGCGAAGUUUCAAAAUGCCGAAUAUCACUAAGAUUGUGGAUAAACUGAAAGCGAAGCUCGCCCGCGACGCCCCGGCCCCCGAAUGGGAGUUACUCGAAGACGACGCUUGGACACCGGACGACGCGCUCGAUGAUGGAGUCAUAGUCGGUGGUAAGCAAGGGGCCGGUUUACACGCCGCGCAUGCGGGACACCAUCGAUUUGGCGUGGAGAGUUAUAUGAGCGUGAACACGGUUAAGAGCGGGAGUAGUGGGGAUCGGGAACAGCAGAAUCCUAGGGUGCCUUAUGCUAAUGGUAAUGGUGCCGGUGCUGGUGUCGCGGGUAGUGAUCGUGACAGGGAGAAGGAGAGGGGUACUAGUGGAUGGACGAAGAUCAAGCCAAGAUAGCAUGGCAUAGAAUUCGUUGGUGCUUUAGUAGAACACAUACAAUAUUAAACUAGAGUAAAUGUAUGGUUGAAUAGAAGAUGCUUGGAUACUUUGAA